AUGGUGGAAAACCCCAGCCUGGCAGCCAAACCCGCCCUGCCGGCCGCCCCGCUGCGGGGGCCGGCGCCGGCGGGGGGGCUGCGCUUGGCGGCUGUGAUGGAGAGUCUGCAGCGGCAGCAGGCUGCCCGCCUGGCCCGCGGCCCCGACGGCGCACACCGACGGCCUCCGGGGGAGCCCAAUUCCGGGCCGCCGCUUACCGCUCCCCGCCGCCUCCCGGCCCCUGACCCGCGCCCGCCGCCCGCCACCGCGGGAGGGGAGGAGGAAGAGGAAGAGGAGGAGGAGGAGGAUGAUGAAGAGGAGGAGGACGAGGACGGGGAGCCCCGCGAGCUGCCACGUCCCCCACACCACGAGUGGACCUACGAGGAGCAGUUCAAGCAGCUCUACGAACUGGACGAGGACCCAAAACGCAAGGAGUUCCUGGAUGACCUUUUCAGCUUCAUGCAGAAGAGAGGGACACCUGUGAACCGCAUCCCCAUCAUGGCCAAGCAGGUUCUGGACCUGUACACACUUUACCGACUGGUGACGGACAAGGGUGGCCUGGUCGAAGUCAUCAACAAGAAGAUCUGGCGGGAGAUCACCAAGGGUCUCAACCUACCUACCUCUAUCACCAGCGCUGCCUUCACCCUUCGCACUCAAUACAUGAAGUACUUAUAUCCCUACGAAUGUGAGAAGCGGGCACUCAGCUCUCCCGGAGAGCUGCAAGCCGCCAUAGACAGUAACCGCCGGGAGGGACGGAGGCAGACUUUUGGCACAGCACUCUUCAACUACUCUCCAGCUGGCACUCCAACUCUGAUGGGCUCUCCCAAAAUGCCUCUGCCAGCUCUUAGCAUCUCCACACACAACUGCGGCCAGCUCGGACAAGUGCAUGCCAUUAAGAAAGAGGAUGGCAUGCUGGCAGCAGCAGUACCAGGGCGCAUCACUAUCCCGGUGGGACUGGCCAGACAUCACCUCACAGCAGCCCAAGCAGCAGCUGCCUCACAAGCAGCAGUGCUGGAGCAGCUGCGGGAGAAGUUGGAGACUGGUGAACCUCCAGAGAAGAAGGUGGCCCUGACAGUGGAGGAGCAGCAGCGGCUGGUGCAACACACACUGCAGCACAACCUUCUGGCUGUGGCUUCCCAGUUCCCCAUGAAUGUCAAGAUCUCCAACCGAGAUGACAGACAGGAGACCGCAUUGAACCUGUCCACCAACGGCAUUAGCAGUAUCAACAUGUCAAUAGAAAUAAAUGGAGUUGUCUACACAGGUGUCCUGUUCGCCCGCCGACCCCAGGCCCCUCCGGCCCCCAGUGGAGGAAGUACCCAGAGUCGGCCUGCACCAAACCCACUGCUCCCAGCCCCCUCACACAGCCACACUCCCACCAGCACCUCACUGUAA